AUGUCCGACAACCCGUGCCAUGCUUUCACGAAUCUGCCGGAAGGACCCAAAGAUCGACAAAGAAACGAAGGCGUUGGUCCUGGGAGCCUGGCCCAAAGAAACACGAUCUGCAACACGACGAGUGAUACGCGUACGAACAUGCAGGGAGGUCUCGGAGGUACUUGA